CUGAAACAAUAAACACUACAGCCCCACCCACUCAUCUUUUGUCGUCACAAUACCGUAGGCCCCGAGUCUCUCGUCCGCCACGUGCUCCGUUAGUACCGUCCCGUAGCCCUGGAGAAGUCUGAUGAUCUUCAUGUACAGCUGAACGUCGUCUCUGCCGCCGCGAAUACUGCCUGCAAAGUAAAUACGAAGAGACAUCUUCAGAACGCACGUGGUUUUACGCAUGCGCACUUAGCUCAUGUGGCAGCAUCGCGCACUGCAUGCAUGCACUGGACGGACGUGUGCUGUGUGUAAAGGAGAGGAUGUUUGCUACUCCUGGUGCAAGUCCACUGCAGACUUCGUUGCUUAACGUAUCUUCUCGUCGAAGCUUACAUACAUCCUCCAGGGCAACGCCCAGCGUAGCCAACCGGUCUCAGAGAGCUGGACAGGCGAUAAAGGAGACGGCGCAUCAUGUUGUGAAGGCUCUCAACUCACCGGUACCAGUACAGGUACAGGAGACCCUGCGUGGAGACCUAUCCAGCGUUAGCGUGCGGUUGCACGAGUCUGGGUGGGCGUGGCUGGUCUGUGGAAGGUCUAGGAGACUGCUGCUGUGGAGAUAUGGACCUAAAGAAACGGCUGCCCGUUGCUUCCAGCUCUCACUUCCACUCCAUUCCAGUGAAUGGAACGCGGACCUGAUCAUAGUGUGUGGGAAACUCACUAGCACCUGUGUCGGGGUACUUGCUGUUUCUGGUGACGGGCAUCUUUACUAUUGGGACAAUGCCCUCCGAGAGCGGUCUGCCCCAUCCUCAGAUGGGACGGUGGACGUUGGAUCUGGUCGUGUGAUAGUCAGCAGACCAGUUCUCCAGGACAGCAGGGCUGUUCUGCUCACCUCCAACGGCUCCCUCCUUCUCAUUCAGCCACCUUCCAACUCACAGGGUUCACUGACGGCUCGAACUCUCCACACCCCUCAAGGGAUUCUGUCUGGGUUUGGACGAAGGGUGAGCUCUCUGUUCUUUGGCUCGGCCGGUGGAGAUCAGUCGUCUGUGGAGGGUCGCAGUAUUGCAGUACUAGACUCCCACAGUGGAACAUCAUGUCACCUGUUUGUUCUAGUGAGCUCGUCACUGCAACUGCUGCAGAAGUGGGUGAUUGAAGAUGGGAGGGAACAGAUGGUGUUCGAGUUGUCUCUGGAGCCGGUGAUUGGAGCUUCUGUCAUACAGAGAGACUGGUUCAAAGGACAGCAAGUGUCACUCAAAGUGUGGGCAGUGGAUGUGGCAGUAGCUCAGGAGCAUGUGGUGGUUCUAUUUGCAGUUGGAGUGGAGGGCAGCUCCGUGGCUGAAUUUGGUCUCGCUCUUUUCAAUGCUGACUGCGAUUCGGCACCUAAUGCUCCUGAGUCUCUUAUCCAACUCAACCACAAGAUCUCUCAUCAGGGCGGCGGGUUGUCCUCCAUCUACAGUGUCUCCCUCCAUUCCUCCCAAUCUUCACCUUCUGUCGCAGUCCACAACAAAAACACUCUCUUGCUCAACAUCUUGUCUGCUGAUGAUGCAACUACCGAUGUGGUCGGCUUCCCUCCCUCCACUUCAAUCCUCGGAAAAGGUGUGUUGGAGGGACACGUGGUACUGUUCUCGACAGUUCACGGAGUGAUAUCUAUCCACCUCACCUCUCCUCUCCCUCCCUCCUCCACCUCCUUCUCUCAACCUCUCUCACAGUCACACACUAGUGUGACAGCUCCUCAGGUGGUGGCAUCAUCCCUACCAUCAUCGUCAUCGUCACAGAGGUCUUUGCCGCCCGAGGUGGUGGCUGAGGCUGUUGAAGCACUCAAAGACGCCUUCCUGCAGUACCUGGAGGGAAACAUUACUGAGGCGAGUGUGUCGUCCCACCAGCUGUUCUCCAGUGACACGUACACCACCGGGGGAGGGGACUUGCUGGGCCCGGGCUGUCGACGGUCUCGGAGACCUUGCCGUCAAGACACUCUCGGAGAUGGUCCUCAACGACCAACCAGCACACGACCCCCGCUGGGGGGACAACAGAGAGUCUCUGACUGGAGGGUCGGUGGUCAUUCUGUACCAACUGGAGAGCAAACAGACAGCUCACGUGAGGCUGAUGCAGUUUAUUGGAGACUGCGGGCUCCUGAAGAAGCUGUCGUGUGUGACGGUGAGAGGUCAGCCGAUGAGAACCACUCAUCUCCUCUGUGAACAUACGGAGAAGAUAGUGGCAGCCAUUGCUCUCAGGAAGGCACACAACCAAGUGGUGGACCAGGGGAUGAAGCUGUGUGUGGACCAGAGAUCGGGUCACCUCCUCCUCAGACCUGGCCUCUCUCACCAGGACCUCUUCUACACCGAGGUGGUCCAGCUGGACUCCCUCUUCCCUCCCCUCCUCUCCCUCCUCACCUCGCGACUCGCUUCCGUCAGUCAUCCAAAGGAGAAGUUGCAGCUGGUGGUGAGUGCCGGUGUUGGCGUGGAGUCGAUGCUGAGAGAGGCAGUUCAGUACAGACAGUCAAAGUCACAUCUCUACUCACCUUCCAUCCCUCCCGACCCCGCCUCCCUCCCUCCCUUCUCUCCCUGGACUGCCUCUUCAGGUUCAACUGGUGUCAGAUCUUGCCUCUGUCAGUUGCUUGAGAUGCUGUAUGAGGCUGCUGUCAGAGAUGCUGACACUCAACAGGAGAUAGGUGAGGUGUGGGAAGUGUCGGUGGGGCUGUGUGACGUGCUGCUGGGUGGCUACCUCGACCAGAUGCUCUCCAUGGAGUGGGUUUACAGCCAUAGAACCUCAGAUGAAAGAUACUCUGAAUAUAGCACACAAACCCUCGCAAUAAAGAACACACUUUUGAGGCAAAACCCAGCCUUCUCCGGUGAACUCGUCCAAGUCAGAAAACAGUUUGAAACUUCGAGGAAGAGAUUCCUCUCUCCUCUGUUGGAACAUGGUCAGUUUGACCAGAGUAUAGAGCUAGCUGAGAAGUACCACGAUUUCCAUCUUCUGGUCCACCUGUGUGAAUCGGCCGGCGACAGGGACAGGCUCAAGACCUACAUCGCCCGAUUCUCUGAGCAGGGCUUCGCCGAGUUCCUGUUCAAGCGCCACCUGGACCGAGGGAACAUUGAGGAGCUGUUGUCGUACUCUAGAGAUUUCCCAGAGAUACUGGCCAAGUUUCUGGAGCCCCACGACAACAUCGGCUGGCUGCACCACGUCGCCGCCCAGGACUACGACAUGGCGCAUGAAACGCUACAGCGACUGGCUCGGAAAGAAGAAAGGUUUUUAGGAAGGAAGAAGACCCAGCUGAGUCUGAGUAAGCUUGCCCUGUUGGCGUCUGGCCCCGAGGACGAGGAAGGAGGCAUGGGAAGGUUGAACAGAGAACUGAGCAUGAUAGAGCACCAGAGAAACAUCCCCGACUGCGUGCAGGAGGAACUAGGGUAUUUUGGAUAUGGAGACUAUGCUGCCACUAUCACCAGAGGAAAUAGUGGAGCUGUAUGUUGGUGAGAGAAACAAGAAUGCCAGUGAGGCUGACUUUCUGAACGCACUGGAUCUCCUACAGAUUGCCCAUGAAGACAGCCAGAGUGAAGGAUUCAGUGAACUGAAGACCUACAUAUGGAGCCAGGCAGCUCUUAGAGACGACUGGUCCCAGAUGUCUACCGACGAUCCUCUGGGACAGAUUCCUCACACUCUGUUCUUCAAGGUUGUCCUGGCUGCCUUCUGCAAAGGGUGUGACUUGGGGUGUGUCCUGCCGUCAGUGGAGGAACUCCUCUCCUCCCCCUCUCUCCUGGAGGCCGGGGUGGCACAGGGCACACACUUUAGGUUCCUUCUCGCCGCUGGGUUUGAGCAGCUGGAGAGACUGCAGAGCUCCGAGGUGGCCUAGCCCUCCCUCCCCUCCUUACCCUUCCGACACUCUCCCUCUCUCCUCCAUCUUCCCCCCAUGUCCGAACUUCUAUUAGUCUUGUUCCCAGCUCCCCUUGAGUGUGUGUGCAUACAAGAGAAGUUUCUUCCUUCCCUAUCUUGCAUGCACACAAUGAAAGGGGUAGGAACCAGGUUAUAACAUGUAAACUUUGGUAAUACAAGAAAACGACAAAACGUUAUGCAGUAGUGAUGUCAUUCCUUGAUGUCCAGGCACUGGUUGACCACUUCCAGGAGGUGGGUGUUCUCCAGAGCAGCCGCCACUCUCUCCUUGUCCGCCAACUGCUUGUUCACCGCCUGUUCGGACGCGUGAGUCCCCGGACGAAUCCGGAUGUCGACCUUGAACCUGGCCGGUAGGGCGCGGAGAAGUCGGACGCGAAUCGAGAGACCUAUCAACGUGGCCAUGCUGCAGUGAGGAAUGGUGGGCGUGAAGAGCACCUCCACCCUGUUACCAGGGUCGUCCACCUCGAUGUGGCCUUCCUGUAGUACGUUUAGUUCCUCCAGCGUCAACGGGUGCUCGGGGUCGUUGAUGCAGCGGAGAAGGUCGAACACCUCCCGCGCGUCUAUCUCGUCUCUUACGUCGUCGUCUAGCUCUUCAGGCAGCACUUGCCGCUCCACCGUACGGCCGAAAACCAGUGGGUUCGCGUUCUCCAGAGCCGCCAUUUUAUUCUCUUCAACGCCCACCUUCUGUUCCUGAUCCGUUCGGCUCGUCUGCGUACUGUACAGAAUGGGAUCCUGACCCUUUCAGCUAUUUUACCGCGCAUGCAGCAUGCAUGCAUACGCCUCACGACCUUGUAGGUUUUAAAAGGGCAGUAGAAGCACAUU